CUCCACUUGCAUCCCCACCACGCGGACAGUCGGACGACCACGAAGCGAUGCGCUCCUGGUUCAAAUACUCAGUCGCGAGUCUGACAAUGUCAAUUCACUCCAUCUUUCAUCUGACGUUUGAGGAUUCUUGAAUCAAGCCCAGCAUGACGGAAAAUACAAGCCUUCUUCUCACGCUCGUGCGAGGCAUCCAAAAUGCGUCACUCUUGCGCAUAUCUGCUGCCGUCGUCGGCCUUGCGAUCGCACAAUACUUCUUCCAGGCCAUAUACCGACUCUACUUUCACCCACUGCGCCACUUCCCAGGCCCUAAACUCGCGGCAAUUUCCCGCUUUCCCAAAGCCUACGCGACAUUCACCGGGAGGGCACACCACUACACCCAUGCGCUGCACGAGCAAUACGGCGAGGUCGUGCGCUUAAGCCCCAACGAACUCAGCUUCAUCCACCCCGACGCCUGGCGAGACAUCUAUGGCCAUGGCAGCGGUCAAGGUAAAGGCACGCAGGGGUCUGUGCCCGGAAAGUACUGGGAAUGGUAUGGCCUGUGCAGCAACAAAGUAGCGCACAUGAUCCAAACCAAGGACCCCGCGGAGCACGCGCGUAUACGGCGAAUCUUCAAACCUGCAUUCUCAGAUCGCGCUCUGAAAGAACAGGAACCGCUGCUCCUCAAGUAUGUUGAAAAGCUGAUCAGUAAUCUGAAGAGGGACGUGAGCAAAGACCCUGACCACAAGUUCGACAUCGUUAAGCAGUAUAAUUUCACGACAUUCGACGUCAUGGGCGAUCUCACCUUUGGCGAAUCUCUCCACAUGCUCGACGAUUCCAAGUACGACCCCUGGGUCGCUGUCAUUUUCAACCAGUUGAAGCAAAACUCACUUUUCAACUUCAUGGCCUACUAUCCUUGGAUCAAUAGCCUUGUAAAAAACAACCUUCCCCCAAGUGUACUGAAGGUCAAGAUGGAGCACUUCCGAUACAGCGUGGAGCGUGUCGAUAAACGUCUCCAGGGUCGCCAGAGCGAGGGCCAUGACUUGUGGGAUUUCAUCUCGACCGAGGACAAGAAGCUGCAGCUGUCAAGGGACGAAAUGAACUCGAAUGCGACUCUGUUCAUGACGGCUGGCACAGAAACCACGGCUACGUUCCUCUCCGGCUUGACGUACAAUCUGCUCAAGAACCCUGACAAGAUGGAAAAGGUCUGCAAGGAGAUUCGUACUACCUUUCGGGAUGAGAGCGAGAUGACCAUGGAGGCUAUCGCCGCAUUGCCAUAUCUCGCUGCCUGUUUGAAGGAAUCCUUCAGGGUGUAUCCCUCCGUCCCGAGCGGCCUGCUGCAUUUGACGCCCGCCAAUGGCUCGACCAUCUGCGGACAGUUCAUCCCGCCAAACACAAUUGUUUCCGCCCCGCACCUCGCAAUGUACUUGUCUCCAUCCAACUUCAAAGAGCCCCAGUCCUUCCUUCCUGAGCGCUGGAUGGGCGACGAGAGAUUUGCCAAUGACCGCAGGCAUGUCCUGCAGCCGUUUUCCGUCGGCUCCAGGGACUGUCUCGGCAAGAACCUGGCGUGGCACGAGAUGCGCCUCAUCGCCACGCGUGUGCUAUUCAACUUUGAUCUCGAACUCUGUCCCGAAAGCGACGGCUGGUUGGACCAGAGGACAUUCCUGCUGUGGGAGAAGCCCGAGAUGUACAUCAAGCUGAAGCCCGUAAAGCGCUGAGUGUUUCGACCUGUCGGGGGGACCAUUCGGUUCUGGUGCCACUAGAUUGUCGACGUUCCGCUCCGCGGGGGCGAGGGUGUUGUAAAAGUGUGAAGGUCUGCUUGGUGUUUGUACAUAGAUUGAUGUUUUAUUUGAAAUCUUUUUGUACUGCUGCUUGAC